AUGAAUUAUGCAGCUAAAAAAGGGAAAAUACAUUUUAAUGGAUUUGUUAAAUACUCAAAAAAAAAAAAGAGGCCAAGUAAUAGUAUAGAUUAUAAAAGAAAUAUAAUAAAGAAGGAAAAUGUAAACAAUAUAAAAGAAGAAAAUGUUUUAUGCAAAAUGAAAAAAGAAAACAUAGAAAUCAAUGAUCAAGUAGAAAAAAGAGAUGAAAGUCCCAUAACUUUAUACUUUAACAACAAAGAAAAUUAUAUAAGAAAUGAUUUACCAGAAGGGAUGUUAGAAAAAAGCUCUGAUACUGAAUAUAAAGACAUGGACAAUUAUAUUAUUGAAAGAAUUAGAAAUUCUUCUGAAUUUACUAAUAAUAAUGCUUCAUUAGAUGAUAAAAAUAGUGAUAAAUCACAAACUCUUUCAAUUAAAUUAAAAAAGGAAAAGAAAAAAAAUAACUUAUCAUGUUCAAAAGAUCCCUCACGAAAAAAAAAGUGCACCUUAAAGAAAAAUGAUUUAGAUAAUAAAACAUUACUGAUAAAUAAUAGUUUCAGUAAUCCAUCCUAUUUACCCAACUAUGAUAAUUAUGGUAUUCAAGGGCCUUAUUAUCAAACAGUUUAUAGAAGAAAUAAAAACAAAUUAAAAAUAGAAAAAUAUAAAAAAAAAUAUGAAUUGCCUACUAUAGCUUCAUUAGGAAAAGUAAAAAAAUUAGAAAAUUUAGACUUAAAAAUUAACGCAAAUCUAUUUAAUGAAAAAUCUAAAAUUAUUCUAAAUAACUUAUCUGCAUAUUUUGGGAAUAAGGUUAAUCAUGAUGAUAUUGAAUCAAGUAACAAUUUUAAAAAAAAAAAAAAAAAUUAUAUAAAAUAA